UUUUUUUUGACGAGUUGAGUAAAGGUGCAAUAAAAAAGAUAUUGUAACUUUGUACCCUAGUAACAACUAACAACUUCGUAUAAUGCAUUAUCAGUGACUCACAUGGACAAUCAUUCUAAUUAUUGUCUGUGAUACACAUUGGUGUGCAACAUGGAUAAUGAGCCAUUGACAAGGGGAGAAUUUGAUGAGUACAAGAAGAAGGUAACAGUAAUCCUGCAAGAGUACUUUGAGAACGACGAUAAAAGCUCAACGGCCAGUGAACUGAGAGAAUUGGGAAUGCCAUUUUUCAGCUUCUACUUCGUCAAAAAGCUCGUCUCCAUGGCCAUGGACAGGCACGACAAGGAGAAGGAAAUGGCCGCUCUUCUACUCUCCUCCCUCUACGCCCAUCUCAUUCAACCCUCCCAAGUCUACAAAGGCUUCGCCAAGCUUCUGGAAUCCGUCGACGAUCUGAUCGUCGACAUACCCGACGCCGUCGACGUUCUGGCACUGUUCAUAGCCAGAGCCGUGGUGGACGACAUUCUCCCGCCGGCAUUCCUGUCGAAAUCCGCGGCGUCUCUGCCGCCGGAGAAUCGGAACGGAGUCGAGGUCAUCAACAGGGCUGGGAAGAGCUACCUGUCGGCUCCCCUGCACGCGGAGGUCAUCGAGAGGCGGUGGGGCGGGAGCCGGGGCCGGACGGUUGAGGAUCUGAAGGGGAAAAUCAACGGCCUGCUCAAGGAGUACGCGGUGAGCGGGGACAAGAAGGAGGCUUUCAGGAUCAUCAAGGAUCUGAAUGUUCCUUACUUUCACCAUGAAAUUGUGAAGAGAUCGGUGAUUGCGAGCAUGGAGCGGCCGCAGGACGAAGCUAGGGUUUUCGAUCUGUUGAAGACGGCGGCGGAACAAGGCCUGAUCAAUUCAAGCCAGAUCUCCAAGGGAUUUGGCCGCAUAAUCGAAUCCGUCGACGAUUUGUCCCUCGACAUACCAAAUGCCAAGGCCAUCCUCCAAUUGCGGAUCUCCAGGGCCGCCUCCGACGGGUGGCUCUCCGCCUCCUCUCUCCCGCCGAUAUUUCCUACCCAUUCGGGACACCAGAAUGCUCCAGAUCCCGCCGCAUUGAGUCAUUUCAAGACAAAAGCUCAAUCCAUGAUUCAAGAAUAUUUCCUCACCGGUGAUAUCUCGGAAGUGAGCCGUUGUCUGGAAUCGGAGAACGGUUCGUGUUCCCCGGAGUUGAACGCCAUCUUCAUCAAGAAACUGGUGGGGCUAGCCAUGGACAGGAAGAACAGAGAGAAGGAGAUGGCCUCCGUCUUGCUAUCGUCCCUGUGUUUUCCCACAGAUGACGCGGUGAGCGGUUUCACAAUGCUGAUCGAGGCUGCGGACGACACGGCGCUGGACAUCCCCGCAGCGGCGGAGAACCUGGCGAUGUUCCUGGCCAGGGCGGUGGUGGACGAGGUCCUGGCCCCGCAGCACCUGGAGGAGAUCGGGAUCCGCCUCCAGGGAGCGGGAAACACCACGAGAGUGGUGGAGACGGCGAGGUCGCUGCUGGGGGCGAAAAUGUCGGGGGAGAGAAUCCUGAGGUGCUGGGGAGGAGGAGGGAGCGGGGCGGGGAACGGGUGGACGACGACGGAGGACGUGAAGGAGAAGAUGAAGAUACUGCUGGAGGAGUUCGAGAGCGGCGGGGACUCGAGGGAGGCGCGGCGGUGCAUAAAGGAGCUGGGGAUGCCAUUCUUCCACCACGAGGUGGUGAAGAAAGGAGUGGUGAUGAUGAUGGAGAAGAAGGGGUGCGAGGAGAGGGUGUGGGGUCUGUUGAGGGAGUGCUUCGGGACGGGGUUGGUNGUGACGGUGAACCAGAUGACGAAGGGGUUCGUGAGGGUGGGCGAGUCGCUGGAUGACCUGGUCCUGGACGUGCCCGAUGCGAGAGAGCAAUACAGAUGUUACGUUGAUCGGGCUAAGAUGGAAGGAUGGUUGGACGCCUCUUUUACAUAUAUAGCUAACUCCUAAUAUUAGUACUUGGGUGUUUGGCUUAUUAUCUUUUUGAACUUUGGUCAAUCAUCACGCUUUGUUUGUCAUCUAGACUUGAACAAUUAACCAACUAUAACUAAUUUACACCAUCAUUAUUGUUGUCGCUUGUGUGAACCUUCUUACUCUCUUUUGACUAUGGGUAAGCUACUUUCAUGAU